AUGAUAUUCGUAGAGCCUUUCAAAUGGCGAAAGGAUGGUAAAGUUUGGGCGUGGGUUUCUCACAUUUGUGAGAAGAUGCCACAUAGUUGCGUUCCUCUUGUAAAUUCACUUGACAACCUACAUAACGGUCUUCCUAAGCUUCGUGCCUUUCUUCGCCUGGCGCUGCAAUCCAAACGAUUACAUUUAUACCUCGAUGCUUCGUUAAAUUCCACUGAUGUUAUUAAACAUUUGUAUAAACCAACAAGCGUUCUCCUAAGUCAAAAAAUACACCGAGUUGUUUCUGCCUCUAUAGAUUUACAGUAUUCAGAUUUUUGUUUCGAUAUGAGAAAUCCAGGCCUUAAUUUUCCCUAUAUUGAACAAAUUGACAUCGCCUAUUUGCUUCGCUUUCAACACAGCUUGAAGAACUUCAAUUCCACCCCUCUGAGUAAUGGAAUGUGUACAACAUGCCAGGACUUUGCUUUAAAGGCAGAUACCUGCUUUGAACAAAAGAAAUAUCUUGAGGAUGUCAUCAGGGACACGAAUAAUCACCUGGUCAACUAUAAAAACGAGGUGACAAGGUUAUCACGGGAUAAUCAGAGACUUCGUACAGCUUUUGAACAACUCCAAACCAAAAUAGUUCUUCUUCACGAGGAAUAUACAACGAAAGCUCAUAAUCAAAGACCUCGUAGUCUCACUCUUUCAUGGCCAGAUCCAUCUCCUCAUCGGCGGUCAAGGUCGCCUGUUGAUUGGACAGCUCUUGAGGCAACUGAAGCCUUGGAUUGCCGAUGGUCGUUGGAUGAUUUUUCUCCUCCUUCCCUCCUUGGAAUUCGUUCGCCGAAGCAGUUGUCGAACGAGUUUAAUUCUUCUACGUAUCCACCUGAUGACGGAUUUGACUCCACGGCUAUUGAGGCAACAGAAGAUUUGGAUUACUUUGAUCUUAUCAGGGAAAAUUGUCCUCCCUCUCUACUGUCACCAGAUCCAUCCUCUAAUUUCCCUCUCCAAGUUGAAUGUCCUCAGCUACAGAAUCUCCAGUUUGUUGUGGGAGAGCAGAAAGCUUCGGAAUGUCCUGAAAUCUAUCGACUGCCUACCACUGUAGAGGAGGAGAGUGCUUCAGCUCUUCAGGAUGACCUCUCCGGUCAACUGGAUCUUUCUCAAUGUUCUGUAACCAUAAGACCGUCGAAUACCAACUUUCGUGCCAGGUUUUCGGUGCCGAAGACUUCAGGGCAUGGAAGUUAUUUGCGUCGGAUUCCUCAACCAAUGGAUCUCCUUUCCGAACUUCAAGCAACCGACAGCAGCUUCCCUCUCACCGGUCUAUCCAACGCUGAAAGUUGUGCUGGUGGUUGUGUUGAUUGCAUUGAUGAAACAGAGGGUGCUUGUUCGACAUCUGAUCAGGUAUCCGAUAUCGUUAACGAAGUCAGCUCUAGAGAGAAUCUCGAGUGCGGUUCAGGUGGGGACCAUAUGCAUGAGGAAGAUGACAUGGGAUAUUACCGUGGUGGUGGCCAUAGAAAUGAUGGCUAUUGUACCACCACGACAGCAAGCUCUAGUCGAAAUACGGUAGUUACUAGUACCUCUACCAUUCGGCCGGCGAAUUCGUGCAGCUCACUCGCCUCUCCCUCUAGCGUCUACGAAGCGGACUCUUCAGUGGAGACUCCAACCGUUCCAUUUCGACGUUCUUCCUCAGACCUUCUGGUUAAGGCUUCGGCAACAAACCCCAUUAACGGUGGAAUCCCGGGGGAAUGUUGUGAACGCUUCAUGAUCCCUCCCCGUCGGCGUGCUACCUUCACAACACCGCCUCCCCGUAUGUUUCGGCAUACUACAACUAAAGACCAAGAACUUAAUGGUUGA